CUUUUGUGUAUUUUAAAUAAAAAAAAGUGGAUAUAUCCCCUAUUCUUCUAAAGCGUGGAAGACAGUUAAUCGUCGUGCUUAUUCCGUUGCUACAGGUCGAGCGUUGCUUUCCCUCAGUUAACGCCCGUCUGAUUUCCCUUAGCUGCUGCUCACCAACUGAAAAUAUCUCCCACUUGGUUUCGCGUGAUGUAAAUCCCUCUGGCGCCCCUGCUCUCUGGACCGCACAGAUAUUCUAUCUGGUUUUACUCCUACGCUGUUAUUUGAUCUCGCCUCCUUCAGUUUGCCCGGCGCCUAGGACUCUGCCAUGCGGCAGAUAAUCCUUUUCCGACGGCAAAGGCUUAGGAGUUUGGAUGGCGUAUGAGCUGCUGCAAUGGAUAUCCAGACUUAGGGUUGAUUCUGAUUUCUGCGCCAGUUUCACUCUGUUCUCCAUCUGUUCUACUACGCAUUAAUUUGAAUACAACUUCUGGUAUUUUCACCCCCUUCUUCCUAUACCAUAUUUCUUCAGUUUUUUGGUGACAUGAUUUCUAUUUCCUUUCGAUUCUCAUUAAUCAUAUUUUUUUAUGUGUGUUUAUGCGGCUGAAAUGUCAUUUGUCAAUUGUAUGUCACACAGAAAAGUUUCUGGUAUUGUAUUUUCAGAUUAUGAUUGUUUUCCUAUUUCGAUAUGUCUUAUUGAGGAUAUUGGAUUUGUUUUGUUCAGAUUCCAGACUAGCUAUAGCUGAUUUCGGAUUAGCAAUAACUCAUGUUUAUUUUGUGUAGGCCUGGUAAUCUUCUCUGGUUAAAUCUCUCGAUCCCCUUACUUCAUUUGAUCUUUUCUUCUAAAUUUUAUGUCAACAAUCAAUUUUGUUUUGAUUUCUUGCAGAUUCAGGUAAGCUUCCAUUUGUUUUUUCCUCAUUGAAUUUACUUGUGAAUUAUCUUCUUGUAUUGGAUUUUUAUUUCAAUAGUCCAAAUGAAUUUCAAAGUUAUUGAAUCUCAUAUUGAUAGAGCAUGUAGGUUCUGCUUAAUUGCUUUUGUGGAUUGAUAUUGGUUCCAACUAUUUGUUGGAGAGGAUCGUAUCUUUAUAUUAUCUAUGUACAUGUAAGAUUAAUUUUUUCUUUGUUUAUUCAAAUUUACUUUUUUUGUAGAUCUCUUACUCAUAAUGGGUUGAUAGGUUUCAAGAUGGAUGUUGGAAGGAUGCAAAUGCAGGCUUUACUUGGCUUUAAUACCCUGAAGAAAAUUGGGUUGAUGAGGCAAAUGUUGGUAGUAUUUGUUGUGCUUUUAACUGAUUAAUAGCCUAUUUGAGAAGUUUUUGCUGCAGCUUUUUCUUUUUGUGGUAACUUAUAGUCUCUCCAGAUGUUUCAGGGCUGUUAACUCACUAAUACUUGGGUUUUUGUGAGCUCGAGACUUAGUUAAAUGUACGGAGACCUCCAGACAUGCAUCUUCCCUUCUCUCGCAUGCCUACCUCUCACAUACUUGGAUUUUAUAGCAUCUUUCAUUCACUCCACCAGCAGGUAAAUGGUAUUCACCAACUGCAUUGGUUUUCAUCAAUACUUUCUCUUUUUAAGCAAUUUUGAAAUCUGAUUUGUACAUUACAACCCAGAAAUAAGAUUUCAUUCAAUAUGAUCAUGAAUCUUUCCACAGUGAGGGAGGGCAUGGAAAGGUGGUUACAAAUAAACAAUAUGACCAUGCUACUACUCACCUUACACACAAUAUUAUAUCUUACAAAAAACAGUUUUUCAGGGGUAAAUGUCACUUGUCUUUAUAUCCCUUACUGCUAUGUUUCUGGUACGCAGGUCGUGAACAUACAUUGUCGCUAGCAAGACAGUGCUCCAAACUACUCAACCUUGAACUACUUACUUAAUUGAUGUUAGUAGAUCAGUUUUGUUUUACUGUAAAAAAGACUACUUAGAAUUAAUGAAAUAUCUUUUCAAGUAAUUUUUAAUUCCUUAUAACUAAUACUUGUACUACUUAAACAUUUGCUACUUGACAUACGUAUAUAUAACCUAAUCAACUAAGUUUAAGAUUUACUUUAGCUAUUGUUAUAACAAGUACGUAUAAAACCUAAUCAAAGGGUUUUAAAGUUUGUUAUUUUUAUUCUGUUUGAUUUUAGAUUUUGGAAAUGGAAAGGUGUUUAGUAGCUAUGUUUUUCUAACUGUUUUUAUUUUCUAAAUCUUUUCUAAAAGGUGUUUUUGACUGAAAUCAUAUUAAAUUCUUUUAUAGUAAAAUAAAUUUGAUUACAGUUCCAAAAUUAGAGGCUAAAGACAUAGUAUUAAAACUUAGAUAUGAAAUGAAUCCUGAUUCCAGACAUUUGAAUCAUAAUUGAUUUUAAGUAGGGGACUUCUUUCAAAUCACGUAGUAAAAUUAAGUGAUAAGUACUUAUAAUCCAGGUACUAUUAAGCAGAUGAGUUCUUUUAAAUCACUUAGUAAAAUUUGAAAAGAAAGAAGUCACCUGGUACUAUUAGAGACAUCAAACAUACUUAACAUCUAUACAUCUAUCUCAAUUUAGAUACACCUAAGUGCAGGACUGCUUUAAAUCUGGCCAAUUUCACUCAAUGAGAAAUUUUUCCUACUCUUAGUGAAAUGUUUUUUUCUGAAUUGGAGUUAUGCUUGCUUACUGCUGUUAUGCUCUUUGAACUUUGUAAGUUUACUAAUGUUUUGUUUGUUGCAUAGUAGAGACAUAAGAAACUGUAGUGAUUGGUCUUUUCAACAUGUUUUUUUUGGUGCUCCUGGGGGUAGCAGAGGCUCUGCAGAAUUUGAAACUCUGACUCUUGGGUCUCUGCCACCAACUCUGCAAGGUAUGAAGGUUUAUCUUAAUGAUGAAAAAGAGUUAAUCUUGGAGCCAUCAUUCAAAUGGGCAGGGAAUCCUAAUAUUACUUUGUUUUUUAAGCAUUUGGAUUAAAAGCAACUGCCAGAUUUUGCAAUCGUCAUGAAUACGAGUGCUUGAUUUUUUGCUAAGUCUUGAUAAACAAAUAACCGAUUGCUGGAUUUUUCAGCUUGUAGAGUUUUAGAUCUUCACAGCACCAUGCAUUACCCUGAAACCUUUGGUCUCAAGCUUUCCAUGUUUCUGCAAAAAAAAAUUGAGUCACUUAUGGAUAAGGUAAUCCUGAGUCCCGACUGACACUUUGUGCUGCUUGUCAUGCCAGUAUUCUCCUAGACAAUAGAAGCUUAUGUUCAUAUUGGUGGUAGCUAUUCAGAGUUAAACAAAUCAGAAUAAAAACACCACUACAUAUGUAUCCCAAUCUAUUUACAGGUAGCCGGCCUACAGGGUAAGUAAAUAGAUCUUGCAAUAACUUCUUCUUAAGAAGAUAUAUUUGUUAAUUGCAUUUAUAGAAAACUAAUAUUUUCCUUGCACACUACAUAUUCCAAAUAAUCCUGGAUCGAUCAAUCAACAAUUUAGACUUUCAUCUCAUGAUAUUCCUUAUGGCAGCAUCCAUUUUUGGGAAAAACUAUUAUGCUUAUAUGCCUAUAUGGUACCGUGUGUAUUUUUAACAUUGGGUGCUCAAUUUGCUAGGCCCUCCAUGUCUCAUUUAUGCGCUUCUUAUGUACUUGCCUGAAGCAACUGAUGUUGCUAAUGCUGUCUUGGAUGGUAGGUCUUUCAACAUCUUGAAUAAUCUUUAAAAUACAGUAUAUUUUUCAAGUUUAUGCAUCUUAGAGCUCCUCCACUUUCCUCUCACCUUCCCCCGUAUUUCACCCAUUCAAACACACACAAGUGCUUCACUUUCAUCUACUCCCCUACCAAACCAUUCAACCAAACAAGAGCUAAAACAGAAGCUUCUCAAUGCUUUUGGCGCACAAAUGCUGAAGCUUCUGAUAAUGAUCUACCUAUAGCGACAUUUUUCUUUGAGAUGUAAGUAUAAUCUCGUUAUAUAAAACUUCAAUUUGUAUAUUGAUCAAAAAUUUAUAUUUCUUCAAGAAUUGUGUCAUUUUAUUUGUUCACAAACUUUGCAUGACAGAUCUGAAGCAUGGGUAAGCAGCCUAUUUUGAUGAGGACGUCAAUUGGUUAUUUGCCUUUCAUAUUUUAUUUGUUCACAAACUUUGCAUGACAGAUCUGAAACAUGUGUUCUUGUACAUUGUAUGAGAGGAAUAAACACGUGUGAAUGCUUGUUUCAUUAUACCUCUCUCAGUUGAGGGAUAUGGGCAUGAUGUUGGUUUCAGAGUCCAUUUUAAAUAUUAAUGAAAUUGAAUUUGUUGAUUAGUAAAUGGUAUUGUUAAAUGCACCAAACUUUUACAAAUAAAUCAUAGUUAAAUGUUUGAUUCAAGCUUUAAAAGUUAUCUCGACUUUCAGGUCCCCUAAUUACUUUAAGACAAUAGAAACUGAAGGUUGGAAACUUGCACUAAGCUAUCAACGGGUGAAAGAUCGUAUGCAAGAGAUUGAACUAACUUGAGUGUGCGAGGAUUGUUUUGCUUCACGUGGACAAACUGUUGGGAUUGUGUUUACAGUGGGCGUGUAUAGGGUCACGGCAUUUCAGUUUGUGUUAUAGAUCCUACAAAGUUGAGAACACUCUUCAAUGGUGGUUGAACAUGGAAAUUUCAACCUAUUGCAAACGAAUUGAAGAUGGAAAUUCCAAUUAAUACAAUUCCAACCUCCUGGAAGCAACUCUUUGAUAUGCAACCGUGGGUGAAGAUACUUAGUUUCAGAUCGUUGUAAUUAUCGGUGUCUUUUCGGAUUAAAGUGUGAUCAAACUUUGAUUCCAUUUGCUACUGAUGGAAAGAUAUAAAGUUCUAUUACCAGUAAUGGAAAGAAUAUCGACCUUAAGAAAUGACAGAACUCCCUGCAAAAUCGAAGAGGGUCUGUACUUAGGAUCUUUUGGAGCUGCUGGAAACAAGAGCGAAUUGAAAAGCUUGAAUAUCACACAUAUAUUGACGGUUUCAAAUUCACUAUCCUCUCUAUAUCCAAAUGAUUUUGCGUAUAAGACCAUUAGCGUAUCAGAUAAAGGAGAUGUUGACAUAGCACAAUAUUUUGAGGAGUGUUUUGAAUUCAUUGAAGAAGGGAAGGGGAGUGGCGGUGUAUUGGUUCAUUGCUUUUUGGGAAGGUCCCGAAGUGUAACUAUAGUGUUGGCUUAUCUGAUGAAAAAGCAUGGUAUGAGCUUAGCACUAGCUUUGGAACAUGUGAGAAAGGGAAGGAAAGAAGCAUGGCCUAACUCUGGUUUUAUGGCACAGCUGAAGGACUUGGAGAAAACUCUUCGAGGGACUUCAAAUCUACAAGGCUGAAAGAAUUCAUUAACUGUAGUAAUCACUAAUCACAGGACCAGGGCUAGUUAAGGGGAUCUUAGAACUGGAGCAUAUAGACGAAGACCCGGUGAUAACCCGGGACGUGUAGUAUUGGGCAUAGCCCAUACAGUACUGUAUGGUGUAGGAGUUGAUAUUAUGAUGUAAAGUUGGAAGUCUAGCAUUAUAAUGUACUAUAUUGUAUUUUGGAUGAUUUGUCCUUUGAUGUGAUUAAUGAUAAUUGAUCUGAUUUCUUCUUCAAAAAAAAAAUGUAGGGGAUCUUAUUAGUGUA